UCCGGGGCCUGGACGGGUGCUUGGAGGGGUCAGCCCUAGCCACGCAGCCCGGCGAAUGGCUAUGUGGGUCCUUGGGGGCUGUCUGGGCCUGCGCGGGCGCCUUGGCGCCUGCAGGCUGCUGUGGCGGGGUUUCCAGAACCGCGGCCCUCCGGGCAGGGAAGACGGGGACCGGCUACAGUCUUCCUCGAAGACACCCAAGAACCCCAAGAUUUACACCAAAACAGGAGACAAAGGGUUUUCCAGCACCUUCACGGGAGAAAGGAGACCUAAAGAUGACCAAGUAUUUGAAGCAUUGGGAACCACAGAUGAAUUAAGUUCAGCUAUUGGGAAGCUGCUUUCUCCUUCCCUCCAUCCACGGUUUCCUCACUUUUCAGGUGAGCACGUGUGCCAUCAGGAUGAAGGCAGUGAAGGCAAAGUGCGAGCGCUGAGCUCCUGCAGUCUGCAUUGCAUCAGGUUUGCUGUGGAAUUAAUCACAGAAAAAGGCCACACAUUUGCCGAAGAGCUUCAGAAAAUCCAGUGCACGCUGCAAGACAUUGGCUCUGCCCUGGCCACUCCACACUCCUCUGCCAGAGAGGCACACUUAAAACACACGGCCUUCGAGGCAAGCCCCAUCCUAGAACUGGAGCAGUGGAUUGACAAGUACGCCAGUCAGCUCCCCCCACUCACGGCUUUCAUUCUUCCCUCUGGAGGCAAGAGCAGCUCAGUACUACACUUCUGUCGGGCUGUGUGCCGCCGAGCCGAACGAUGUGUGGUACCUCUUGUCCAGAUAGGAGAGACUGAUGCAAAUGUGGCCAAGUUCUUAAACAGACUCAGUGAUUACCUCUUCACCAUAGCCAGAUACGCAGCCAUGAAAGAGGGCAACCAAGAAAAAAUAUACAAGAAACGUGACCCAUCGCACCCAACCUGAGGCACUUUGAAAGAUGGUACCCCCCCAGGUGACCACAGUGAACUGUGUCCUUGCCAUCUUACCAGACCCUGGUUCCAGAAGAGCUCAUCCCAAGGGACUGGAAACAAGCCUCAGCACAAACUCAUACCCUUGCCACUUCCCCAGAGGGACCUCUGAGACGCUUGCCUCUUCUCCAGACUGUCCUCAGAGCAAGUGGGACUGAAUUCAGAAUUGCAGAAAAGAAAAGUAAUUAAAGGCUACAAAAAAG